AUGAUAAUCUCAAGACUAAAGCACGAAAGUGGGCAGCAGAGAAAAAAAAAUUUUAAAGGCACUGGAGGUGGACCAGCAACAAAAUUACAUUCCGACUCUGUUCUAGAAGCUGUGAUAAAUAUUAUAAAUUAUAAAGCUGUUUGUGGUCUGGUUCCAAUCUGUGAUGAUGAUUUGGAGAAUGCCGAGCCUUCAGAUCCUGUAGAAAGCUCAUUAGCAAAAAAAGUUAAACGAGCUGUUAGUAAAGAAAUUCACUCAGCCAUGGAACCUGUAAAUAUAGGGCUCAGACCAAAAUUUCCAAAUCCAAUCUUCUCAGCUAAAGGGGAAUAA